GUUUCCAGCAGCCGUUUUCUUCCGCCCCCUUGUUGAACCCUAGAUUCUCUACCUUCUCUGUCGCGGCGAUCCGAAACGGCUAAAGUUCCUAUUUUUACCCAUAUUCGUUUCGGAGAUAUCAAUCUGGAUUUGUAAAAAAGUGUUUUUAAGAUCAGAAUGGAGGUCAUAAGCGCCUAAUGGUGGAUAAGAUGAGGGAACUGUUGUAAAGUGUUUGAAGAUGACACUGGAGACACCAAUGAGCGGGAACUUCGAUGAUGAUUUCGACAGGGAUAUUGACGCUUUGAUACAAGAGCAGCAGAACAAUAGAGCUGCUGCCUUUGAUUUGGACCUGGAUGAGGUGAAUAUUCUCCGUUCUGGAAGUGCACCGCCGACGGUUGAUGAUUCAAGAACAGCCGUUUGGAGCUUAUUUGGGCACGAUGGCUUCGGGGACGGGACCAGCCACUUAAGGGUCCAGGAGUCUGGAGGCUUUCUGUCUGAGGAGGAUUUGAGAUCGCAUCCGGACUAUUUAUCAUACUAUUUCUCCAAUGAGAAUCACAAUCCAAGGAUGCCGCCUCCAGCGAUAUCAAAAGAGGACUGGCGUGUCCAACAAAGAUUUCAUCCGAGGGGCUCUUCAUUUGGAGGGAUUGGUGAUAGGAUUGGGAGAAAUGAAUACAUAAAAAAUGACAGCCAAAGCAGCUCUCUUUUCUCUGUUCAUCCAAGCCUAGAGAUGCCAGAUUUGCAAAAGCUACCAGGGGAAUUACUUGAGCAGAAUAGCAAUGAAUUUAUCAGGAUGCCAGAUGUUGGUUUAGGCACAAGGAGAAAAAGUUUUGCUGAUGUCCUGCAGGAGGACCUUGUCCAUCCAGCUAUCACUGGAAAUUUUUCACGCCCAGCUAGUCGUAAUCAUUAUGAUAAUAUUGAUUCGUUAAGGGCUUCAGAAUCAUCAAUGAUUCAGCUUCAGAAUGACUUGAAUGGUUUAAAGGAAAUGCAAUCUGGAUCAACCUCCUCUAGUCUUACUAGGAUCCGAAGCCUAGGCUCCUCAAUCAAUCAAUCUUUAGUAUCUGCACUGGGUUCUUCUCUUUCUAGAAGUACAACCCCUGAUCCUCAAUUAAUUCGAAGAUCACCAAGCCCUUGCCUGCCGCCAGUGGGAACAAAAACUAGUAAUAGCAAUAGACCCAAUGUCUUAGGUGGUGUUUCUUCUCAUACAUCUGGUAUCAAUAUUGAAACUGCUUUUGCUGAAUUGAACUUGUCUAGAAUGAUACCAAAAGAGGAAGAGAGUGAUGUGCAAUAUCUGAUUAACAAGGAGACUGUUAGACAAUCUGAAUUGCUUUAUGAUGACCCUGGUAUUAAUAGGCAAUUUCUGCAUCAAAACAUCAGUGAGAAGUCUCAGUCGGCAUUAUUAGAAAAAGCUCUUGAUGAUGUCAGGUACUUUGAUGCCUCUGAGAAAGCUGGUAGAUUAACAGACGUUGAAUUAGCUAGAUUAACUUCUAAUGGGCAAACAUACUUCCCAAAGCAACCAUCUUAUAAGAAAGUACAAUCUGCUAGUUCAACAGUUUCUAAAAGUGCACGUCUAAAUGCUGAUGUGCCUAAUACUGACUACAACCGAUUGAAUUCAAAAGGUUAUACUGGGAUCUAUGGUGCGCAAAUGAUGUUAAACAAUCAGUUUGGUUCUGUAUUGGAUGAUGCAGAUAUGCAAUACAAUUCAUCUACAGGUUCCAUGUUCAAACAAUAUGUACAUGGUGCUUCUGAUUCACAUGUAUAUCCUCCAGGAAGUUUGGAUCCUUAUUUAGGACAAAAUUAUCUUAAUAUCCACCAAAUGGAUUUACCUGAAUAUCAACAUCCAUACCUGGAAGCAUUGCUUGCACAGCAGAAUUUACAGUAUGGCAUGCACCUCAAAUCAGAUAGCUUGAAUCAUGGUUACUUUGGUAGUCAUGCUUAUGGUAUUGGGAUGCCAUAUUUGGGAGGUUCAUUAACUACUAACGCUCAUUCUACUUUGGGUACAAGGAGUCCUUUGAGGCAAAAUGAUAGGUUAUCUCAUGCUCUUUCUAUGUUGAGAAGGGAAGCUGGAGAAAAUGGUGGCAUGAGAGAAGGCUAUAUGUUGCCAUCUUUGUUGGAAGAAUUUAAGAACAAGAAGACAUUACUUUUGGAGCUAUCAGAUAUUGUAGGUCAUGUUGUUGAGUUCAGUGCGGAUCAGUACGGCAGUCGUUUUAUCCAACAGAAACUUGAGACUGCCUCAGUUGAAGAAAAGAACAAAAUUUUCCCCGAGAUACUCCCUAAAGCUCAUUCUCUAAUGACUGAUGUGUUUGGGAACUAUGUCAUUCAGAAAUUCUUUGAGCAUGGUACAGAAAUUCAAAGAAAGCAACUUGCAAGUCAUCUUAAGGGCCAUGUUUUGCCUCUCAGUCUUCAAAUGUAUGGGUGUAGAGUAAUCCAGAAGGCGUUAGAAGUGGUUGAUGUUGCUCAAAAGACUGAAAUGGUACUAGAACUUGAUGGACAUAUAAUGAAAUGUGUUCGUGAUCAGAAUGGAAACCAUGUAAUCCAGAAAUGUAUUGAAUGUGUUCCUCAGGAGAUGAUACAAUUCAUCAUUGAAUCUUUCUAUGGGCAUGUUCUAGCACUGUCUACCCAUCCAUAUGGAUGUCGGGUUAUACAGAGAGUGCUGGAGUACUGUAAUGAUCCAGAAACUCAAAGCAUUAUGAUGGAUGAGAUCAUGCAGUCUGUUUGCGAUUUGGCACAGGACCAAUAUGGGAAUUAUGUUAUCCAACAUGUUCUGAGGCAUGGGAAACCUGAAGAGCGUUCCGUCAUCAUCAGCAACCUUGCUGGACAGAUUGUUAAAAUGAGCCAACAGAAAUAUGCAUCUAAUGUCAUUGAGAAGUGCUUGGCUUAUGGCACUGCUGAGGAACGCCAACUCCUAAUAAGUGAGAUGCUUGGUUCGACAGAUGAAAAUGAACCUUUGCAGGCUAUGAUGAAAGACCAAUUUGGCAACUAUGUGGUACAAAAGGUUCUCGAGACAUGUGAUGAUCGAAAUCGUGAACACAUCCUUUCGCGCAUCAAGGUUCACUUGAAUCCCUUGAAGAAGUACACAUAUGGAAAGCAUAUAGUUGCCCGUGUUGAGAAGCUUAUUGCCACAGGAGAAAGGCACAUUGGAGUGUCGUCGCGUUGAUCGUGAGAUCUCACGAGAAACUGCAGCGCGACUGUACAGAUAAUGAGGCUACUGCUCAACUCAUCUUUCUCAGUAUAAGAGAUGCUUCUGCGACCUGCUGAUGUAAAUAAAAGAUAGGCAUCUUAAAAUAAGAAUUUUCCAGAGCCUGUGUAUAUGUGCACUUGUAUUUAUUCAAGCAACAGAGAUAGAAACAUCAAUGCCCUAAAUGACGGUUAGGCUAGCAGAACCAGAGCCGAGGCGAUAUGUCUGGCCUUUAAAAUGAAUUAACGCUAUAAGACUCCUGUAUAGUCGAUGUAGUAAUGCUGUCAGGGUGCUGUUCUAUCGCGAAGGUGCAUGUGCUCCUUCGCCGAUAAAUAUGUUGAUCAAAAGCCUUUGUAUUCGGCUUUGAAAUGUGUCUUUGACAAAUUGCUGUUUUUAUGUAUGUCAGGGGUAACUAGAUUCAUGUUCUGCUGUCU